AUGCAGUUCAAGACUCUCUUCGCCGCCUCUCUCCUCGGCCUCGCUGCCGCCGCCCCCGCAGAGGAGUGCAGCAGCAGCACCAAGACCAGCCCCCCCAAGUCCGGCAACUCUCCCGCCCCCAAGACCUUUGGCCUCGUCGCUCUGCGCUCCGCCAGUCCUAUCCACUUCACACACUUCAGCGCCUCUGAGAACGGCUUUUUGCUUGGUCUUCCCGCGGAUAAGCAGAACGCUACCUGCUCUGGCAAGUCUGAUGGAUCAGCUGUUUUCCGUCUGAGCGAGGGUGAAUUGUAUCUCUACAACACCGGCAAGAAGCAGCAGCGCGCUUAUACCGAUCGCUCUGGAAUGGGCCAAGGUGUUCUUCAGUAUUCUACCGUCACCAAGACCCCGCUCCCCGAGGCGUUCGAGACGAAGGGAUGGAAGAUCGACAAGUAUGGCAAUCUCAACUUUGCCGAUGCUAGCGGUUUCACUGCUUGCCCCAACGGUCCUGACGGUUCUUGGACUGUUUGGGUCGCUACUGGAAACGAUCACCCUGGAAACACCGACAAGGAAUGUCUUGGCUUUAAUGCUCGUGUUGCUGAGAUUGAACACGCUACUAGCUGCUUUUACUCUGAGUACUCUUCUUAA